AUGGGAGAAUACGCAAGCCACGAAGCAGGAAAAGGUGUUUCGCCGGGCUUGCAUCCGGACGAUGUACAGUCGACUAAAAGCGCCACAAGGUCUGCAACCGAGCCGGGCGAUAUGAGACUCAGCACGAGGUGGAGUUGCAGCGUGAACCCGGCGGCCUCGCGUCGCGUAUAUGGUUCACCAGCGACGUAUCCGCAAACGCUUCCGCCGGUGUUGCAGCUGGUGAUGGCAAGGCGCACAAGAAGCCAUGAUACUGUCGAUGCUGACAACAAGCACAAUGAAGGGCCUGUCCCGGGUCAGGACGAAGUUGAGUCGGUGCCUGAGCUUGGAGAACGCGUUGUCAGCGAAGCUGGUAGUGGUGCAGGCAGCGAUGACAGUGUUGCUGCGCGUGCCGAGCACCCGGACAACAGCUAUAUCACCGGCGGUGCACCUAAGAGGAUCUUUAAUGCUGAAGGUGAGGGUGGCAGGGCUGUUGGAAGCAAGGUGCAUCGCAAGCUGGAGCCGCUCCGUCUGUACUCGCCCCACGUGGCCGACAGGAGUACAUCUUCGUGUGAAGAGGAGGAGACGGUCGCGCCGCACGAGGACGAUGAGAAGGGCGCGUCACAAGAGGACGAGGAGAAGGGCACGUCACACAAGGAUAGUGACGACGAAGAUUUGCCCUUCUAUCUGCAAUUUCUAGAAGAGAAGAAACCGCGUGAGAGAGGAAGUAAGACCACACCUGAGCGUGAGGCCAUGAUUGCAGCUCACGUGAACGUGAACAAUCAUUAUUGCACUAGUCACAACCUCAAGUUCCGCGUCCGCACGUAG